GGCUAUGGCCGCAAUGGUCCUAACUGUGGCCGCCCCAGCGCUGGCAUUGGUACUGCUUUUGGCCGGGGCCGGGGUGCCUGCCGCAGCCGCGCCCCCCGCCCCGCCGCUCUUCAACGUGAGCCUGGACGCGGCCCCCGAGCUGCGCUGGCUGCCGGUGCUGCAGCACUUCGACCUGGACUUCUUGCGCGCCGCGAUGGUGCACGUCCUCGGGGAUACGGUCCCCAAGUGGGUCCACGCAGUGAUGCGAAAGGCGGUCGGGGAGCUGGAAGGCUCCCUGCCCCAGCCCUACACCGACGAGAUCCGCGGCAUGUGCGACGUCCUCAACUUCAGCCUGGCCGACUGCAUCCUGGUGAACCUGGCCUACGACUUCACCGCAUUCUGCACCAGUAUUGUGGCUCAAGACUCCAGAGGCCACAUUUACCACGGCCGGAAUCUGGAUUACCCAUUUGGGAAUUUCUUACGCAAGCUGACCGUGGAUGUGCAAUUCGUAAAGAAUGGACAGAUCGCAUUCACAGGAACCACUUUUGUUGGCUAUGUAGGAUUGUGGACUGGUCAGCGUCCUCACAAGUUUACAAUUUCUGGCGACGAACGAGAUAAAGGCUGGUGGUGGGAGAAUGUGAUCGCUGCCUUUUUUCAGAGACACUCUCCGAUCAGCUGGCUUAUCCGCACUACCCUGAGCGAAUCAGAAAACUUUGAAGCAGCUGUGUACAAACUGGCCAAGACUCCCCUCAUUGCUGACGUGUAUUACAUUGUUGGUGGCACGUCCCCCCGGGAAGGAGUGGUCAUCACGAGGAACAGAAGUGGCCCAGCAGACAUUUGGCCUCUAGAUCCUUUAAAUGGGGCGUGGUUUCGAGUAGAGACAAAUUAUGACCACUGGAAGCCAGCACCCGAGAAAGAUGACCGAAGAACACCUGCCAUCAAGGCCCUUAACGCCACGGGCCAGGCAAACCUCAGCCUGGAGGUGCUCUUCCAGGUUUUGUCCGUGUUUCCAGUUUAUAACAACUACACGAUUUAUACUACAGUAAUGAGCGCCGCCAACCCAGAGAAGUACACGACAAAGAUCAGAAACCUGAGUUAGAAGAAAGCAAGCAGAAGAGUGAAUUCACCUGCUAUGAAAGGUCAUUUUUAAAAAAAUGAAAUUCUUGAAGAGCUACACUUUAAAAAACAAAACAAAGUGAAAGGACUAUAUUAUUUUAUGAACAAACAGGCUCCUUCCUCAUUAAACUUUUCAACCGUGUGAAGUGGGGGGUGGGCAGGAGGCUCCCUUUGGAGCUUGUGUGGGUGAAGUGGUAACAGGCACCUUGCGUUCCCUCCCUCUCGUGGUUUGCCUUGCUCCCCCCCAGGCCCGUCCACCCUGGCUUGAACCACCAACUCAGAGAUAAUGGGUCUCAGAGGUCAAACCACAUCCCAGCUUCUCACCAUAACAUAGCUAUGCUGUUAUACCUGAGCUUAUAAAGAAAUGGGCUUCUUGUUCCUUGUGAAGUAUUUGUGGAGGAGUCUGAGAAAACAGAUCCUUCUAAAGGAAACGGAGAGCCCGUGUUUGAAUAGAGCCUGUUUGAAUGUUUGUUAGUCUAAUCUCUGAUCAUGUAUUUACAUAUGUUGGGAGUCUCCCUUUUUAUAAUGUUUCUAACCUGAUGUACCUCCUUUUUAUAAAUAGCUACUUUCUUAGUGCUUUUUGAAAGCAGCAUAUGACCAAAUCAUUUCUGAUGGUCACUUAUCAUUGGUUAGCAAAAUGCUGGGAAAGGUGUGGGUGAGGAAAAUAAA